AUAAUUCCAACCCUACUUAGCAUCAUAAACCCCCUACUAUAUAUCCUCCCUAUUCUCAUCGCAGUCGCAUUCCUCACCCUUUUAGAACGAAAACUACUAGGAUACAUGCAACUACGUAAAGGCCCUAACCUGGUAGGGCCCCUAGGACUACUACAACCCAUCGCAGAUGGUUUAAAACUAAUUACAAAAGAAACGACCAAACCAACCCUUUCAUCUCCGAUCCUAUUCACACUCUCCCCAAUCAUAGCCCUAUCUCUAGCCCUAAUCUCUUGAGCACCAAUACCCAUACCAAACGCACUAACCAAUAUAAACCUCGGUUUACUCUUCAUUAUAGCCAUAUCUGGCAUAUUCACAUACGCUAUUCUAUGAUCCGGAUGGUCAUCAAACUCAAAAUAUCCUCUAAUAGGCGCAAUGCGGGCCGUGGCUCAAAUCAUCUCUUACGAAGUAACAUUAGGACUAAUUAUCAUCUCACUAGCCACUAUCUCGGGAAACUACUCCCUAUCCUCCUUCACAGAAGUACAAGAACACUCUUGACUCCUAUUUGCAUCCUGACCCCUAGCCAUAAUAUGAUUUACCUCUACCCUAGCAGAAACCAAUCGAUCUCCAUUCGACCUAGCAGAGGGAGAGUCAGAACUAGUCUCCGGAUUCAACCUAGAGUUCUCAGCCGGACCAUUUGCCCUACUUUUCCUAGCCGAAUAUACUAACAUCUUACUAAUAAACACCCUCUCAGCCAUAAUAUUUAUAAACCCAGGAACCUCAAGCCCAGAACUAUUCACAAUAAACCUAAUAAUAAAGACAAUAUUAAUAACAACACUAUUCCUAUGAAUCCGUGCCUCAUACCCACGAUUUCGAUAUGACCAACUAAUACACCUACUAUGAAAACAAUACCUUCCACUCACCCUAGCUAUAUGCCUACUUAACUUAUUUACAACAACAACAUUCUGCGGGAUCCCCCCACAAU